AACCUUUAAUUUUUUUUCUCCUCCCUUCGACAUUGUUUUCUUCGCCGUCGGGAUAUUUCUCCUCCCUUCGACAUUGUUUUCUUCGCCGUGGGUCUGGGUUUGCGAUUCAAGUGGUUCUGGUUUUGCGAUUCAAGUGGUUCUGGGUUUGCGAUUCAAGUAGUUCUGGUUCGAGUAUCUUUGUCUUCUCCGACAGCAUCAUCGCCGGCCACUACUGUUCUUCUUCCAGCCGCAACUUCUGUCUUCCAUUACUGUCAAUUUAGACAAUUGGAAUGGCAUCAUCCACUGAAAUCCCCAAAUAUCCUCCUCCACUAUAUGUAGAUGGGAAAUCGCCUUUCCAGAGUAGGAGCAUGAACCACAAUUGUUUUUUAUCAAAAAUAGGACCCUUGAAAGAAGGAUUAGGGUCGGAUGUGUGGGAUUCUUUGGAGAAAUCAUCCCUUGGAGUGUUUUUAAAGCUUACUGAAUUGGAAUACACAUGGUGCGCAAAGAAUGUUCAUUACUUGCUUACGCAUUAGCUGAGAGUCAACAAAUUCCAUGAGGUUUGGUCGUUGAUUGAUGAUAGGCCCAUCCGAUUUUCUUUGAAUGAAUUUGCGCAUAUAACAGGCUUGAAUUGUGAUCCAUUUGACGUGUCAGCCCACUUCGAAGCUGAUCAUCAUGAGUUCUGGGCAAAAAUGAAAUUAGAAAAAAACACAGAAGGUCCAAAGUUUAAUGAGUUGCUAAAGGUGGUUGAUUUUUGCAAGACAUGGUCUGCUGAGGAGAGAACCAUGGUUGGUAGGUUAUGUUUACUAUCUGUUUGUGUACAUGGUCUUCAUAGUGGAUCUAGCAUCCCCUUGGAAUCCGCUAAAAGAGUGUUGGAUCCUGAGGGUUUUGAGAAAUAUCCAUGGGGUCGAGUGGCGUUUACUAGUUUAGUAAAUUCUCUCAAGACUGUUGACUUUGCCAAAUCAUCAUACACGAUACAAGGAUGUGUUCAUGCUUUGUUGAUCUGGUUGUACGAGAGUGUUCCAGGCGUUCGUGAAGCUUGUGGUUUGAGAAGGUUAGAAACGGCUGGUGUUCAACUACUUAACUGGCAAUCUUCUCGGAAACGUAUCAACUUUAAAGAAUUCAUUGAAAAGGAGAAGAAAGAGCAUGGACAGGUCCGUGUGAGGCAUAUGCUUCCAGUUUCAGAGGAUAAUUUGUAUCCUACAUGGUGCGAUGCGGAUGAAAACAAGGAUCCAGACCUUGAAAACUUGAUUGAAGAUAUUUUCCAUGAUCGUUUAAGAGGCAAUGCUUGGGAAGGAUUGAAAACAGUCAAUGUGAGGAAGAAGAAACGAAAAGUAGAAGAUGGUAAAGAUGGUGAGAUCAGAAGUAGUCAAAAGGAGAAGAAGUUGAAAGAGGAUCACUCUUAUGAUGAUGAAGGAGCAGAAGUUCCAGACAUGAAGGAGAAGUUAUGCGAAGAACAUAUCCAGGAUGUUGUGGAUGAUCAGAAAACCUUGUUGGAUAUUUGGAAGCUGUUGGAAAAACUGAAUGAGAAUAUUUCAGACUUGGACAAGAAUCUGAGCAGUAGGAUGACAUGUUUGGAGACUAAAUUCGAAUCCUUUGUGAAAGAAAGUAAAGAGGCAAAAGCUUGUGCUCAACCAAAAGAGGCCACUUCUGACAAUAAUGAAGAUGAUGAGGUGCAUAGUGAAGCACCUUCUUGGAUUGUAGAGAUGAAGGAAAAUUCAAAGGAAGAAUUUCCCGUCCCACGAGUUGUCAAAAAAGUUUACACAGUGAAAAACAAGAAGAAAAGGAGAGAAGACGAGAAAUCCGAGGAUCUUUCUUUGUGUGAGAAGAAUGAUGCAAGUAAGGUUGAAGAGAAGAUGAGUUUGGCUAAGGUAGAAGUGAAAGCUGCAAUCAAGGUUGAAAAGAAGAAGAGUGUGGAUGUUUUUGAUGGUAACAAGGAAGAGAAGCAGAAGAAGCUUGUUGUCAAUCCACAAAAGGUUGUUAUUCCCAAACUUGAUAAAAAAAAAACAAAAUAAUCAAACUUCUGAACCAAGGUUAGUAUCUUUAACCUUGUUUCCAAGUGCUCUUUUGUUUCAUAACACUGUCCAACAACCAAAUCAAGAGACAACAAUUCCAACUUUGCAAACUGUUCAUCUUUCUUUUGUUCUUCAAUAUAAAUACCAGUUCUCCU